UGUGUGUGUGUGUGUGUGUGUGAUAUAGGGUCAGCGUGAUCAGAGUGUCCACUGGAGUCUAGGUGAAGUCCUUUGAUUUGCCCAAAACUGCUGCACUGGAAUUCUCUCCUUUGAAUAGAGUGCUGGGCACCUGGCAGCAGUAUACCAAAAUGCAGGAAAACCCUCAGGGAGAGGUGAACCUGCAGCUGUGGGACUUGCAAACAGGUGCCUGCAUUAAAGCGUUUUAUCAGAAGAAGGUUACGGGAUGGUGUCCGAGCUGGGCAGAUGAUGAAAGCAUUAGCGUUAGAAAUGUCAAUAAUGAACUUCACUUCUUUGAGAACAACAACUUUGUAAUGUGUGUAUCCAAGCAUGAAGAAGAGCCGCCGCAGAACAUGAAGCCUGGAGAGAAGCAGAUGUCCAAAGCUGCUUUGAAAAACCAGAAAAAGCGAGAAGUGAAGAAAGCAGCUAAGCAGGAAAACAAGCCGGAUGAAGCUCCGCCUCCAGUCACAGACUCCGCCCCUGCCAGUCAUGUGACUUCUAGCUGCGGAGACCCUGAAACUGACAAAAAGAUCAAGAAUUUGAAAAAGAAACUCAAAGCCAUUGAUGAACUCAAGGAGCAGCAGGCGGCUGGCAAAGUCAUGCAGAAAAAUCAGCUUGAGAAGAUGCAGAAAGAGCCCCAGCUGUUGAAAGAGCUUGAAGACCUUGAAUUAGGAUUGUAAACUCACUGUACCAGUUGUCACAUUGUUCAUCAGUUUCCAAACCUUGCUUAUUGUCGUGAACAUGUAUUAAGAUGAUUUUUUUUUUUCACGAGCUACUCACGAUUAAUAAAUAAGAACCUGUUUUGUUUCUUUGUACAUGGCUAAUAUAAUAAGUACUAAAUUCUCAAAAGCAAUAUUGCUGUGCAGUGUGACGUACACCACAAGAGAGCCUCCAUGAAAUACGAAAUAAAAAUGUUGAGAUUC